AUGUCUGGAGACUCAAUGAAUGAUGAAGAAGAUAAGAUUUGUUUGAAUCUUGUGGUCAGCAAAUCUAAGAAGAUAGUCUGUUACGCAGAAGCAGGGGAGGAUUUUGUUAAUUUGCUCUUCAGUUUCCUAACUCUACCUCUUGGAUUUAUAGUAAAAAACAUGAAGAAUAGUUCCUUGAAAGGUUGCAUCAGGCACUUGUACCAAACUAUCCAGGAUUUGGACGGGCAAUACAUGAUUUCAGAUCACCACAAGGAAAUGCUUCUUGAUCCCAAACUUGUUCCUGGUUUUUGCUAUUAUAACAGUCUUUUAGGAAUUGAGGAGACCUCAUAUUACUAUGUAGGUCGUACCUUGACUACUGAUAGAUCCCUUUGUUCAUCGGAAUCAGAUAAACUCAAAGUGGUCGGUUUCUGUUCCAUGGAUUUAAAUGCUCAAGGAUUUCUGAAGAGACCUGCGAUGUUUGUAGUAACUGACAAUCUGGUUGUAAGACCGAUGUCUCGGAUCUUUGAGCUGCAAGUUCUUACAGACUUGAAUGUGCAUGUCACCGAUAUUGAGGAUCAAAUUGUGCAUGUGGGCAAGAAGGAGGUUUUGCGUCUUUUGUUGGCUUCUUUUCUUUGUGAGUCUGCUCUGACCAAUACCUUCGUUGGGGAUCUUGGCAAGCCAAAGCAAGAACAAUGA